AUGACCUUGAUCAAACGGAUUAUUUCCAGAAAUAAGUCUUGCUACAUCCUCCAGGCAAAUGAACAAACAUUCCUCUUCGACUAUCCAUCGAGUAUUUACGGAACACAUUUUUCGUUUCCUUCCUUUGCCAAAGCACCAAAACCCCUAAAGCUCAUCUUUCCGAAGUUUGUGGACAACAUCGAUCAUAUUCUGAUCACUCGGUCAGACUCAUUGGGUGUACUUUUUCUUGAAAAAGACAUUCCCAUAUACAUUACAGAGCCUGUGUUUGAACAGAUUUUGAUAAAGUACAAAAGUCUUCUCAAGAUCCCGGCCUAUUAUGAAGAUGAGGAGGACGAGGGUGUUUCCGUAGAAGACGCAGACGUCGAAAGAUUCAGAAGAAACGCUAGAUUUGUCAGAUUUAACGAGAGAUGUUACUUCGAUAAUGUUUUGAUCACUCCGCACCCCGCAGGAACAUUUAUUGGCUGGACGAACUACUUGAUUGAUAUUGGAGAUAAAAGAACCAUAUACUACCUCACCUCCUUGGCUAGCAAGACCAGACUUUCUUUGGAGGCUGGAGGUAUCUCCUCAGACUACUUGAUCAUCAAUACGGAUUUCCCUCCUCCCUCUCAUGACAUUGAGGAGUUUUCUACUUACAUUAAUGACCUAGGGUCUGAUGUUGCGAUCGUGCCUUUAGAGAUGACAACAAUGCUUAUCGAAGUUCUCCUCCACACGCUGUUUGUGACCCAAGCAAAGGGCACAAUUCCAAUAUACGUUGUAUCAUCGGAGUUCGGCCGCCUUCACACAACCAUCAGCAUAGAAAACGAAUGGCUAAGUAAACCGUUUUCAUCGGCUAAGGAGCCUUUUCCAAUCAGGUCAUAUAGAAGGUUCUAUGCCGUAGACACCAUCGAUGAAUUAUCUGAGAUUUCUGGGCCCGCAGUAGUAUUUUGUGACCCAUUAGAGUUUAGUCUUUAUUCCCAUCCGAUCUUUGACAACCAGAAGAUUAUCUCUAUUAAUAAUUCGGUGCCAUUUGCGGAUGCUAACUACAAUCUCAAGCUGGAGCUGGACCCCGAGGAGAUUUCAUCAAUUCAUACAGGAACAAUAAUACACAACCCAAACCCUGGAGAGUAUCUUUACAUCGAGGCCAUGCCUGGUCAUUACUGUCUUGCUGUGGAUGCUCGUAGUAUCCAAGUAUACACCAAUGAAAUAUAUUUGAACGGGAAGUUGAAGUUUAGCGACAAACAUGGCUUUGGAAAGAAGAUGGUAUUUUCUCAGAAAAAGUGUAAGCUAAGCGAUUUAUUCAGCGCCAACAGAUUCUUCUUUAGUGAAGGCUCAUAUUACUUUCCCCAAAAGGGUCUUAAGGUUACCAUAGACAACAAAAAAGCCAAGAUAAAGAAAAUUAUUGGGCUGAACAAAGCUAAAAGGACUUCCAAAUAA